AUGCAGGCGGUGGUGUCGGAGGCGCCGCCGGUUUUGGCGGAGGCACCGCGGGCGGCGGUGCCGGAGGCCACCCCGGCAGCUGGGCCGGAGACGGCGACGCAGGGCGUCCCGGCGUCCGGGUCAGAGACGGCGACGCAGGGCGUCCCGGCGUCCUGGUCGUCGUCGGCGCUGGGAGGGGCGUCGGAGGAGGUGCUGGCCGCGUCGCAAGCGGCCAGCGGGGAGUACGCCUUGGUGCCCCGACAGGGAGGGCGCCGAGCUGUUGUGCUGCAGCGGGCGCGAAGCGGGGGCGCCGUUGUCUUCGGGCCUCAGACCCAGGAGGAGGCGGCGCUGGACGCCGUCAGUCGCCGCCUGCGAGGCCGGACGGAACGGCUCGAGGCCUUCGCCCAGGCUGAGGUGGAGCGAACGCGCGACCUGGAGCGCGCCGUUCUGCAUCUCGACACCUUCCGGGUCGCCGCCUACAAUCGUCUCCUGGGCAGGCACCGGGAGCUCAUGGAGCAGCUUGCCGCCAAGGAGGAGGAGCUCCGCAUCGCCGCAGCCGAGGUGCUGUCCUGGCGGACUCGUCUGCUCCAGGCCGGUCAUCACUACGACCGGCUCGUUGCCGACACCGGCCGUCUUGGCGUCGAGGCGGCGCAGGCGAGGGCGGAGGUGGGCGCGGCUCGGCGGUCUCUCGACGAGGCCAACCGGCUGCAUGAGCAGCUGGCGGGUCACAAGAGCCGCCUCGAGGCCGUGGUGGAGCUCCUUAAGGCGGAAGCCGCCAAGGUGGCAGAGGCACAGCAGGCCCUGGUGGAGGCGGACCAGCAGAGAGGCCAGCUGGCCGACGACAAGGGCCGGCUCCAGGCCGAGGUGGAUCGCCUGCGGGGGCAGGUCACCACGGCUGAGGGGGCCCGUCAGGACGAGGCCCGUCGCCGUGAGGCGGCCGAAGACAAGGACGCCGAGCUGAAGGCGGCCCUUGCCAAGGUGGCCGAUCUCGGGAAGGCGCUCGAGGAGCGCGACCGCGCCAUCGAGCGGGACCGGCGUGGGGCCUUCCCAGAGACGCAGCGGCUGGCGGAGGAAGCCGUCCGCUAUCAGCGCGACCCGACCGGCGUCAUUGGGUCCGGGACGGAUCCGCGGGUGGCCUGA